UGGGGCCGGCCGUGUGUAAGCGGGACCCAUUCACGUGGUUCAUCAAUCCCACAGCGGAACGCACCGUCUCCCACACAACAAGACAGAUUCAUUCAGAGCGGAACCCUCCUCACCUGAGUCACCUCAACACAACAGCCUGUUCCAGCCUCGGGGACACGGAACAAUCAAUCAAUUUUGAUCAUUUUUAAAAACAAUUGCGGGUUUCAGUGGGGUGAUUGAAUUCUGGAUUCAGGCACAGUCCGUUGACAAAUAUCAGGAAUGAAAGGCGUCUUUUCGGCGCCCGGUGAUUACAUCUACUUCAAGUCUCAGGUCCCUCUUCAUAAGAUCCCCAUUGGCUCCAAGCAGUGGCGAUAUUAUGACUUCGGUCCAAAAGUGGUCCCUCCACUUAUCUGUCUUCCUGGCACCGCAGGAACAGCAGAUGUAUAUUACAAGCAGAUUAUGUCACUGUCAAUGAAGGGUUAUCGUGUGGUAUCUGUUGAUAUUCCUCGUGUAUGGAACCAUCAUGAGUGGAUUCAAGCAUUUGAGAAGUUUCUAGAUGCCAUUGAUGUGCAUCACGUACAUCUUUAUGGCACUUCCCUUGGAGGAUUAUUAGCACAACUUUUUGCCCAACACCGUCCUCGACGUGUUAAGUCAUUGGUGCUCUCAAAUUCAUUUUUGGAGACACGGAAUUUUGCAGCUGCAAUGCCAUGGGCUCCGGUUGUUGGUUGGGCCCCUUCUUUUCUUCUCAAGCGAUAUGUCUUAAUGGGGAUAAAGGAUGGUCCACAUGAACCAUUUAUUGCUGAUUCUGUAGAUUUUGUUGUUUCCCAGGUUGAGACACUUUCAAGAGAUGAUUUGGCUUCCAGACUGACUUUAAUGGCAGAUGCAGCUUCAGUUGGACCACUUUUGCUAUCAGAUUCCUUUAUAACUAUAAUGGAUACCAAUGACUAUUGUGCAACACCUCAACAACUCAAAGAUGAGGUGUGCGAAAGAUAUCCUGAAGCCAGAAGAGCAUCUUUGAAGAGUGGGGGUGAUUUUCCAUUCCUUUCCCGACCUGAUGAAGUUAAUCUCCACCUUCAGCUACACCUGAGGCGAGUAGGCGUUGAAGCUCGGCCAGACUUGGUUCGUGCUGUCUCGAAGGAGGAUACCAGUGGCAACGACGGUGCCGGGAGUUCCAGUCAGCAAAAUGAUAGGCGGUAUGAUGCUCCGAAUGACAGGGCGGGAAGUUCUGGAAUCCUCAUAGCUCCUGAAUGUGAACCUUCUCCCGGUCCCGAAUCUCCUGAUAAUGAGGCUCUACCCUUCUCGUCUACGGCUGAAAGGGGGCGGACAAUCCUGGCCUUCCAUUCGGUGAGCGUAGAAGAUGGGCACUCCCUUCUUCUCAGCAGCAUUUAAGCAGCCAGCCCCUCAGCAAUGCAAAAGUUGGUAUCAGGAUCACCAAUGUGGCAGUUUUGUACUCUCUAUAUGGUAUCUGUUGAUGAUAUGGGAACUCUGUACAUCAGUUCGUUUUCUAGAUAAGUUUGUGUAUAUGGGUUGUACAAACUUUUUUGGUUUGUCCAUCUUUCAUAGAGCAGAAAUUUGAUUGGAUUAACAAUAUUUUUUUGGUUGAAUUUUAUAGUCACGAGUGACAAAGCUUAUUUCUGCAUUAGGCUUUGGGAACUUGACUUCGAGCGACCAGCCUGUUUCAAAAAUUAAUUUGGUCUUUCUCCUGUA